CCGCCCAAUUGAAUGUAACAUGGUGGAGCACAUGGUGACCGGCUUAGUCGCGAGAGGAUUGUAAACUUGCCUGUAUUUUUCAAGAAAUUUUCACGCACAGAUUCGCCGUUCGCGCAUAAAACAGCACUUAUUCAAGUCUAUCAACACGAGUGAAUCGAAGUCUUGAGUUUUAAUUGAUCAUUGGAAGUUCGGCGCGUUCUAGAACUCAUUUUCCGCGAAGGAGCGCGUGAAGAUUGGCUGCCAAGGCUCUUUUCUAGAAUAAUCGAGACCCAUCGAGGCAUUUGGGGCUGCUGCAUAUUUGUUCAUAAGGCAACAGUUGCUCAAUUUGCAAGGACCAGAGUUCUUCAGUUGGCCUAGAAAUGACGGACGUUGCUUCUGAGGUGAACACCCUGAAGGAGAAGGGAAAUGCAGCCCUCGCCGAUGAGAAAUUCACGGAUGCCAUCGAUUUUUACACAAGAGCGAUCGAAUUGGAUCCCUCAAAUCACGUUCUCUACAGUAAUAGAUCUGCUGCCCAUGCCAAGGCUGGCCAACAUUUUCAGGCCCUCGAAGAUGCUCAGAAAACUGUCAGUUUGAAACCUGACUGGCCCAAGGGUUACUCGCGGAAAGGAAGUGCUUUAGUGUAUGUUAAUAGAUUUGACGAUGCCAUCGAGGCGUACGAGGAGGGCCUUAAGUUGGACCCGAACAACAAGCAGUUGCAGGAAGGACUUGAAGUGGCUAAGAAGGAAGCUCAGCAAGACCCGAUAGGUCAACUCUUUGGUGGUGGAGGACCUUUUAGUUCUCCAGAUACUUACGCCAAGUUGCAGAUGAAUCCCAAAACUAGCGCCUUUCUUGCUCAGCCCGACUUUCAAAUGAUUUUGGCUGACCUGAAGGCCAAUCCCAAGAACUUAGGAAACCACUUGGGUGACCCUCGUGUGCAGGCCGCACUUGGUGUGCUUCUCGGCAUAAAUAUUAGCACUCCUGAAAAUAUGGACGUUGAUCCUCCCUCCAGGAAACCUGAAUCCAGGUCAUCGCCGAAAGAGGAGAAAAUGGACACAACUCCUCACAAAGAAUUGACUGAAGCUCAAAAAGAGAAGGAAUUGGGAAAUGCUGCUUACAAGAAAAAGGACUUUGAAACGGCACUGAUUCAUUACCACAAGGCAGUCGAUCUUGAGCCUUUGGAAAUAACUUAUUUGAACAACAUAGCAGCCGUUUACUUUGAACAAAAGGAGUACGAAAAGUGCAUAGAACAGUGCCAAAAGGCUGUCGAGCUAGGACGGGAAAAUCGAGCCGACUUCAAGCUCAUUGCCAAAGCCUUCACAAGGAUUGGAAAUGCGUACAAACGCCUUAAUGACUGGAACAAUGCUAAAAUCUACUACGAAAAGUCCAUGCUUGAGCAUCGCACUCCAGAAAGCAAGACGUUGCUGUCUCAAGCCGAAAAGAUGAUCAAGGAGCUGGAGAGAAAAGCUUACAUUAACCCUGAGAAGGCGGAAGUUGAAAAGGAACUGGGAAAUGAGCUUUUCAAGAAAGGAAACUAUGCUGAAGCAAUCAAGCACUAUUCGGAGGCGAUUAUGAGAAAUCCGGAUGACCCGAAAUAUUACAGCAACCGAGCUGCUUGUUACACUAAGUUAGCUGCAUUUGACUUGGGACUGAAGGAUUGCGAGAAGUGCCUAGAGCUGGACCCUAAGUUCAUCAAAGGUUGGAUCCGGAAAGGAAAGAUUCUGCAAGGAAUGCAGCAGCCUGGAAAGGCAUCAUCUGCCUAUCAGAAAGCCAUUGAUUUGGAUCCGAACAACUCGGAAGCACUAGAUGGCUACAGAGCUUGUGCCGUUGCUGUCAAUUCCAAUCCCGAAGAAGUGAGGAAACGGGCUAUGAAUGACCCAGAAAUCCAAAACAUUCUCAGAGAUCCAGCAAUGAGAAUUAUUUUGGAACAAAUGCAGAACGACCCGAGGGCUUUACAAGAUCAUUUGAAAAAUCCAGAGAUUGCCUCAAAGAUCCAAAAACUUCUUGAAUCAGGACUUAUUGCUAUUCACUAACAAUGAUGGAAGAAACGAAGUUCACUACAAUUAUGCUGAUAUGCUCUGCUUUUUGGAACCAACUUUUGUCAAUGCAACUACCCUUUGCUUGAGUUAGUUUGUGUAAGAUAUUUUUAAACCAUGUUCGCUGGAAACAUUUCAUUCCACAAGCAAGUAAAAUACAAUUGGAAUCUUUCAUCGCUAAAUCAAUAUACAAA